UACCCGAGCGUGUCCAUUGGUCGAGGGUGCUCACUAGCGAUUUACAAUCAAGAUGACCAAGACCAUAAUUUGCAGAAUAACAUUUGGAGCAUGAUACGAAGCAUUUGGCUCCGCCGUUAGUUGCCCUUCCGAAUUAAUCAAUCCCCGGCGUUUGAAUCGGCAGCUUGGGCCGAGGAUGACCGAAGACGGUCGAGUUUCCAUAGUUCUUGGAAAAACGUUACGCAGAACCGUAUAGUCUUCCUUGGACUGUGUUAGAUGCAUGUAAAGAUAGAGAGCUCUGGGCGCUCCUCCCCACUUACGGUUGACGAGUCGCGUUCACCAUUGGCGUCCGAACUUGGCCGAGCGGAGACGACCCUUACGGCUACGGAGACCGGGUUCCUCGCGCAAUAGUCUGAGCUUGCGCGGUGGUUGCGAAAGGCGCGUCCUGGCUCGGUCGCCGCUGCGCUCGGGCUUUUACUCGUCGACGAGCUUCCGUGUUGGAGUGUGCGUGUCCACGUCCCCGUCCACGUCCACGUCCACGGCGUACCGAUAGAGAGACACAAAGGGAAUAGAGCGGCCACCGUAACGCGUCCGGUACGGCCCGGGCAAACUCACCCGACGCACGGAUCCAAAUAAAGGGAGGACGCUACACGCGCGGAAGGAUCGCCGGAGGACCGUUUUCGCCCGCGAAAAUGUAACGAUCCGGUGGACCGGUUAGUCUGGAAAUAGGCUUCGACCGAGAAAGGAGGAAAUAUCGGUUCCCCCGGUCGGUGUUUAUAGAUCGCGAGUGCCAAGUAUCUCGACGAGGGACUCCCAUGGCGUGAACCGUCGACGCCGGUGGUUAACCAUUUCUGACUAGUCCGUACCUCGACGAAGAAUCAGGAUGCACGCGGUUGGAUUGCACUCGGCGCUGGCCAUCAAGCGUCAGAGAAAGCGCCGUGACGAGCAGCGUCGUGCCCGCGAGCGCCGUUACAGCGCCCAGUCGGGCGAGAGCGGGUUGACAUCGCCGAGGGCGUCGACAGGUUCCUUGGACCAUCAGCCCAGGCAGCACAAGUCCGGUCACUCGAGCCGUUCAGCCGGCCAGGGGAUGCUGGACACGAAGGUGGUGACGUCGAUCGGGAUGCUCCACAUCGGCGUGGUGUUCCUGGUCCUCGGCGCGUUCCUCCUCAUGAGCGGUCUGCUGCCGGGUGACUUGGCCCAGUGGGGCACCAAGGCGUCAGGCGGCUGGUGGAACGAGCUUGUUGCCAUUGGGCUGUUCGCCAUCUUGGUGGGCGUGUUUCUCAUCAUCCUGAACCGAGUGAUCGCCAAGAAGGAGGAGAACGACCUGGAGGAGUACGUGCAGAGGCAGCUGACCAGGUCCAGGUCGGGGCACAGGCUGGAGAGGGACGCGGAGACCGGGGGACUGACCACCAGACACGCCAGAAGAGCGAGGCAGAUGCAGCAGGUGGCCUCCAGCGCAUCCAUCGAGACGGAGAACGAGAAGGACUCGACGUCACCGCCUAGGAGCCCUCCACCCGCUUACUCGCCGCCACCCACGAUGAACGGGGACCACCAGGUCGUCCCCUCGGCCCUCUACCUCGAGCAGAUCACCGAGGAGGAGAUCAUCAGCGAUCGCGUCGAAACGUCGACCACCAAUAGUCUGAGUCCUGGCUCACCCAGCGAGACCAGAGAACUGUUGCAGAACCCUCGAUACUCCAAGCAGAACGGGAACCCCCAGCAGGCCCAUCGACCCCUUUACGUAUCCAGGAUCUAAUCAGGGGGUCCUUCGAAUCGUUCACCUACGUACGACGAGGUCUCGAGUGCGAAUUCGGUGCGCUUUCUUACCUUUUUCACGCGUCGAUCCUGCUCGACGGUGUGCGCUUAACAAUCGUUUUCGAGUUAGUUCGAGAAGAGGGAAGAAACGAAUGGCUGGUUUACACCGGAUUGUUGGAUCGCGAGGCGCGACUAGCUGAGCCAGAGCUUUGAUCUUCGAUCGUUAAGACUAUUUUUGAACUUUUUAGACCAAACACGACAACCGCAUUCCGCGUGUUUGAUCUUCGAUCUGUACGAGGACCUUGUUUUUCCCGGAACUUUCCAAUCGUCUUCUAGCCUGUCGAGGUACAUACGUGGACUGCAAGUUAUCGAGAUCAAAAUUGACUCUUUGGAUCUGGAAAAUCUGAAUGGGGUUUCAGAGUUUCGACGAGAUCGAGGGUGUCGUUGAAGGAUUUAUGUUUGAUCGGCAAUUGCUCGCGCCAAAUGUAAUUCCACUCGAGGCAAUUUCCUGCCAGGAAGUCCAGUCGGAGCGAUACCGAGCACAAGAUGUCCUUUUAUGUGCCGGAGGAACAAGUCUUUGGACGUCGACGCUAGAAAAUCAAUUUCCGCGACGAAUUACGGGGCGAGAUCGUUGUUGCGCCAUUGCAUUCAGUUCGCCCAGCUGCGGGGUGGUCUCGAUAACUUGGUCGACGCAAAUUCGACGCUUCUGUUGAUCCACGAGGGAAACGAAAUUGAUAAAAAUGUUCGUCCAUCGAAGCUUUCGCGAAAGUUCUAAACUCUGCGAUCAGAUCUGAUCCUUUGAGAGACCGCGCGAAGUAGGUGUAAUCGAGAAUUGUCCGAGAAUUGUCGACUUAUGGAUGAGAAAAAGAAGCAAAAUGCACCCAAGGACCAAGAUUUAAUUAAUUCGAGAGGAACGGUAGAGAAUUAUCGAGGAUUUAGGAGGAUCGAUGAGGAUGACGAGGAUGGAACGAAGUCGACGAGGAUAUCAAUGAUCGAACCGAUCGAUCGAUCGUCUGUAUUCGAUCGGUAGACGUUUAUGGGAUCUACGGAUGAAUUUUUUCGACGCCAACGUACUCAUUAUACUUAAUAGUUAUAUCGGUAAUGAGGGCCCGCGGUCGGGGCCCACGCUCGGGGCCCACGUGUCUUUAGAAGCACAACUUAUCGAAACGAAUGUCCUUUAACGUUUAAGGAAAUUUCACCGACGUUCGCGGGUUCGAUAUCAGUCAUUGCACUUGCUGAUCAUCUUUUCCUUGUUCAUAUCGCCUAGUUGCUCCUCCAGUUACCGUUAAUUUGUAUUUCAACUAGGAGGGUAGCAUCAGCGUACUCGAUACAUUCCAAGUAAUUUAAGUAAACGUGCUUUUGCAUAGCGCUCGUAGUCUGUUUUGUUGUAUGUUUCCUUGCCAAAGAAUCAUUUUUAAACGUCGUUGUAGAAGUUUCCAAAAUGGGGGAACUGCGAUUAUAGUUGAAAAUUCCGUUCAUUCCUUGGUUUCGUGCCUGGCGUCCUCGCAUUCUGGACGUUGAAUUUCACGUUGCGUUGAAUUUGCAAGAAUUUUUUCGAUUCUUGUUGCAAGAAUUGUUAGACAAAGGUGGUCUGUUCUUUGGGGAACUGCGAUUAAUGUUGAAAAUUCCGUUCCUGGAUUCAUUCUUUGGUUUCGCGCGCGGCGUCCUCAAACGACGUUAAAGGACCCAGCACAGAUAUUAUGGAAAAUGGCCCCCCCGGUUAAAUUAGCUGAACUUUUGAUACGAUGUAUGUAGCUCAUGAUGUCUCGAUGAAAAGUUCCUAUGAGCCCAAGCUCGUAAAUUGAACAGUUUUCGAGAUACAGGGGGGGUCAAAUGGCAAUAAUAGUGCGCCUUGGACUACCACGUUUGAGCAUACUUGAGUCUAAGAAGUUGUGACCCUGUGAAAAAACACCAAAAAGGUAAAAGGUGCGCCAUGAGGCCCUGAAAUGGGCCGUUUUUAUAGUUCCCUCUAUUUGUCCAUAACAAUCUCAACAUUCAUAUUGUCUCGAUGCCCUCUAUCAGCGCAAAUUGACGCUUCGUUGGUAGAUAACAGCCUUGGAAGACUGAAAGUUUAUUCACGAUUUCGGAAUCGUACCAAACAUCGAAUUCUUAUUUCUCACGUUCCCAAAAAAUGAACUGGAACUGGAAGAGGAAGUAAUGAAUGGUUACUACUGCAUAUUGCAAGUGUUUUAAGGUUUUUAGGAUUUGCUCGUCAUCGAAGGCGUGUCAAAUAUUCGGAUGGCGAUCUUCUAAAUACGACCAGAGAUGACGCUGAUAGAGACCAUCGAGACAAUAUGAAUGUUGAGGUUCUUAUGGUCGAAUAGAGAGAACUAUAAAAACGGCCCUCUUUGGGGCCACGUGGUGUGCAAAAUCCGAUCGAGCAACCUCCUCGUGGUGCACACUGAUGCUAAUGUCGACGGUGUUUCAUGUUUGUACACUGAAAAAGAGAACCAUUUUUUACCUUUUUAGCAUUUUUUUAUUUUGACUCCUGAAUGGGAGUCUGAGGGUCAGGGGGUCAAGGGGUAAUAUUUAAGGGCCCACAGUACAACUACUGAGUUUUAAAGGGUCAAAUAAAUGGACAGUGUACAACAGUGCUUCUUGCACUCAAAUAUGGUCAAACGUGGUAGUCUAGAAUAAAGCGCACUAUUAUUGACUUUUGAUCCCCCCGUAUCUCGGAAACUGUUCAA